CCUUGGCUCGGAGUGCAACUCGUGAGAGUUUCUGUCCGAAACUUGUAACCAAGUUGAUAUUGAUUAAACAAAUGUAGCUAGCCAAGUUUUACUGUUAUUAUUAUUAUUAUUUUAACAAUUGUAGGUAGGUUUCGCUCACGUUAAUUCCGGUUCGACGUGAUUUAAUUUGGCUAAUUAACAUGUACAGUUUAACGUCCACCAACAGGCUCGUGCGAUCAGAUGAAUGUUCUAGUAGCAGUAAUAAGCUUCUAGUUCCCCGAAGCCGCCUGCUUAAAGCCGUUGGUAAUCAUGACUGCACUAGCCUGCCAAGUCUUGCCACCCAAGACGACGAUGAAGUACACUUUGACACUUCUGACGCCGACAGUAACCAUGAAGUGCUCAUGGCAGGUAGACGCUACCCGUCCAUCCAAGAGUUUGCCUCAGCUAUCCCCAACCACCUCCUCCUGGGCUCUCUGCUGGAGCACCUGUGCUUUGUUUAUGAGAGUAAUCCAGCACGCUCUCGAAUGCUAUUUAAAGUUAUUGGCCAGCGCUUAGCUUCUAUGAAUCUUCUCUCACCUUUGGCCAUAAGCGACGAGUUCAGCACGGUCAGACUCCAACACAACCGGGCCUUCACCGAGCUGAUACAUGCUGCCAGCUCCUCACUGUACCCACAGGAACAGCAACCGCUUAACAUAAAUGCACACAAUCCUGCCGUAAGACUGAAAGAAGGACUGUUUCAAGCACAGACGUCACGUUAUCUGAGCGAGUUUGAAGAAAUCGGUAGAAUUGGAAAGGGAUCUUAUGGAAACGUUUAUAAGGUGGUGAACAAACUGGAUGGGCAGUACUACGCUGUGAAAAAGAUUCUCAUUAAAAAAGUCUCCAAGGAUGAUUGCAUGAAGGUCCUCAGGGAAGUGAAAGUGCUGUCCAGCUUGCAGCAUGUUAAUGUCGUCGGCUAUCACACAGCGUGGAUGGAGCACGUGCAGCCAACGACAUAUACAGAGACUGUCCUACCUGAACUGGCUUCACCUGCACAAGAAGACACUUCAGAUGAGGACCCUGACAGCAGUAGCUCAAGUUUCUCUGUAGUUUUCCAAAGCGCUAGCCAGCCACAGGCGGAUGGUUGUUCAAAUGCCGCGGUGCCUCCGAGUAAUGGCCCACCUCCUAAACCCCUGGCACUGACGCAAGAGAAGGGUCAGGGGGUGUGCCCGAACAUGAUGCGACGCAUCCCAGAGAACUACGUACCCUGCGUGUUCCUGGGACAGAGAGGGCCCAUUAACAGUUCCAAAUGUCCCGCCGUUGGUUGGGACACGUCGGGACUGUUGGAGGAGGAGUCCAGCAGGAGCAGCAUUGAGCUCAACAACAACAACAACACCACCUGUGCUGAAAAGAAGUGUGAGCACUACAAUAACAAUAAACACAUAGCAAGACCCUCGAAAGAGGUCCACCUCCACCUGAUGCUCUACAUCCAGAUGCAGCUAUGUGAACGUUCACUCAAGGACUGGAUGACCGAGAGGAAUUCCAAGCCCAAAGAGGAGCAAGCCUCAAGAUGUCCUUAUGGAUGUGUGAAUGCUGAGCAGACGUUCAGUCUGCUAAGGAAGUUACUCGAAGGGGUGGAGUACAUUCACUCACGGGGAAUCAUUCACAGAGACCUCAAGCCAAGGAACAUUUUCCUGAACGGUCAUGACUGUCACAUUCGUAUUGGCGACUUCGGUUUGGCCUGCAGUGAUCUAAUACUAGAUAGUCAUGAAAGCGCCCUUUCUCCCCUAAGUGAUUGCCCACAUACUAUGGGUGUCGGUACAUUUGUUUACGCUUCACCAGAGCAACUGAAGAGCUCCCAUUAUGAUUCAAAGACAGACAUGUACAGCAUUGGGGUGCUUGCUCUUGAGCUUUUCCAGCCCUUCGGAACAGAAAUGGAGCGAGUCCGGACAUUCGGGGACUUGAGGGAGGGCAAAAUACCAGACUCCUUCAGCAGCAGAUGGCCUGUCCUAGCCAAUUACAUCUUGAAGCUGACGAGUCAUGAGCCCAGCGUACGGCCCACAGCCAGCGAGCUGCUACAGAGUCAACUGUUCUGCAAUAAAGAUGUGGUGAUCUGUAGUUUGCAGAAAAAGGUUGAAGAACAAGAGGACGAAAUCCUUCAUCUGAGAAAACAAAUACAGCGGCUCCAAAGUUCACAGAGUACAUUUCAGAAUUGUCAGAGCUGGGAAAACACCUGACACUUUAAAGGUUCACGGUGUAUCUACAAUUUAGUGGCUUACUUUGUGUGUGUGUGUGUGUGUGUGUGUGUGUGUGUGUGUGUGUGUGUGUGUGUUUGUGUGUGUGUGUGAGUGUGUACGUACAAGUGUCUUGGACACUUGUAUGUAAAGGUGUAUUAUUCAUCAUUCUGAGGUCAUUUAGAAAAAAAAUUGUUCAUUAACAUAUUUACAAUGUAUUUUACAGUAUUGGGCAGAGAUUGUUUUUGCCCCAUUGUCAACACUUUAAGUAAAUGUAUAGAAGUUC